UUUUACGUUCACGGAGAAAUACGUAACGAUAAUGAUUCGCUGCCUAUGUAGAAGUGGCAUAUUCCUGACAUUUACACGAUAACUAAAAUCGAUCAUCGAAAUAGACAAGAGGAUCAACGUUUUACACGUCGACGAUCAGCAGUCGUAUCGCCGGUUUAAUGGUCAUCGAUGCGAAUUAAUUAAUGACAUAACGGUUAACGUAGUAAUGUUCAAUAAUGGUAAUGUAUCACUAAUUGAUAAAGUUAAUGUAAUAUCGACGGUGACGGUGAUCAGAGGUAAUGCGUAAUUUAUUUAACGAAUGAAAAUUUCACACGUACGCGACGUACCCAGUUGUUCUUUAAUCGAGAAUUGACGGGUCGAUUUUCGAAUUAGCAGUGGAAGUCGAGUGCAUCGAGGAUGUAUAGCUCGACGGUGACCGAACACGAGGAAACGAGCUCGAGUCAGGCUCGAGGGAACGACGCGGAACUGCUACUCCUGCCAAAAGAACAAACUCCGGCCAGGCAACCGAUAAUAUGGCGAAAUGUGAUUGGUAUCAUUGUGCUUCAUUUCCUCGCCAUUUACGGUUUCGUGAACGGUUAUCGAGACGCCAAGCUGUGCACGUGGAUUUGGAAUGUUGUAUACGGAGUCGCGGCUGGCUAUGGGAUAACAGCAGGAGCUCAUCGACUAUGGGCACACAAAAGCUACUCGGCCAAAACUCCUCUGCGAAUCUUCUUAGCCUACUUGUAUUGUACGGCUGGCCAAACCCGGUUCUAUAACUGGAUCAGAGAUCACAGGACGCAUCACAGAUACACGGAAACGAGCGCCGACCCGCACGACGCGACCCGCGGAUUUUUCUUUUCCCACAUCGGCUGGCUAAUGGUCAAACGACAUCCUGCCGUGAAGCAGUACGGUAGUAAAAUCGAUAUGAGCGACGUCUCCGCGGAUCCCGUAAUAAGAUUCUUCGACAAGUAUUACGAGUUGAUCAUGGUCCCGUUGUGCUUCGUGCUGCCGAUAUUGGUGCCGGUGUACGCGUGGGGCGAGACGUGGUUCAUAAGCGUUCACGCUGUGCUCAUCCGAUACGUGUGGCUGUUGCACGCCACUUUCGCCGUGAACAGCUUCGCCCACAUGUGGGGAAAUCGACCGUACGACAGGAGGGUCAGACCGACGGAGAACCCGACCGUGUCUUUCUUCGCGCUCGGCGAAGGUUGGCAUAAUUACCAUCAUUCUUUCCCGUGGGAUUACAAGGCUGCGGAGCUCGGCGCGUACGGCCUGAAUCCCACCACCGGUUUCAUAGAACUGAUGGCGCGUUUAGGGCUGGCGUACGACUUAAAAACACCCAGAAAAGAGCUGGUCGACCGAGUCACUCGGAACAGAGGCGACGGGACUGACAGUCUGUGGGGAGAUCCAAGACGAAACAAAUUCGACGAGAAACACCGACGAUUCACGGGAAAUUGUUUAGCCGAUCGUGGAACGACGUCGUAAAUUGCUCGCUCGACGUAAUAAAUGUAUCGUGAAUUUUUACGCAUUUCACAGGGAAUCUCGGUAUUUUCGUUAUCGUCCAACGUUUAUUUAAUACGUCCUCGCUGCACGUAUCGCGCCGGCUCAGGGAACGCGUGAACACGUACGCCGGUACGCAUAUAAUACAGAGUCAAUGUGCACGCGCGACCAAACAGUUUACUCUACGUGUUCCCAGCGCGUCUACGCUUCCCCCGAAUUAAAGUCACCCACCCAUCUCUCUGUCCGAGGUAUGAAAUUUGAACGGUGAAAAAAACUGUGAACGCGGACGACAAUGCCCGCGGAAAAGCGCACGAUCGACCAAGUCCGAUGUCAUUAUGAACGUCGAGGGAGUCGUACGAAACAAAAGCGGAAUACAGACGGUAGACCCUUAGUUUGUUAGCAUUACGUAUACCCACUGUGGAUUCGCGUGUAAUUGGCGAAAAUAUUUGCUAAAAAACCUACCGUGACUGCGGCACAAUGCCGUGAAACGGAAACGAACAGAAACGGCCUCGGCAGAAGUUCAACGCAAAGAGCAUUUACAAAUGAAACGAAAUAACGCUUACUUUACCCGGGCAACUUCACGAAUUUCCCGUUGUAGCAUACACAACCGCCGACGCUAAGCUGACAACAAACUUUAAACACGGCUCAGCGUCUCCGAGCCCAAAUAAUGGCACACCGGUAAAACGCGAAAACCAUUUAUUCGUAGAUGCACACGUUCUAUGCGAUCAAGCUUCCCCGAUGCUCGACUAACCGUCGAACUAUUAUUUCCUCCCCUGUAUUAUUUUUCUUUUUAUUGCGAGGUGGUGAGACGAACCGGAGAGACGCUCGUCUCAUCGUCGAUUCAAAGUGAUCAAGAAUUGUAGUCGUUUCUCAAUUCUCAGUUCUCAACUGCUUGUUACAAUUUUAUUAAAGUGAGUAAGUCUAUCAGAAUAACCGUAGACGUUUCAAUGAAAUUUUAAAUAAGCUUAAUCAAUAAUGAAAUGAAACGUUUAAAAAUAUAUCUUCGAUUUCCAUGAAUCAUAUAUCACGAAACCGGAAACACACACAGAUAUGCAAUAGAUAGUUGAGAAUUAAGAUUGAGAACUAAGAAACGACUAUAAAUUCGGGCCUUAACAUUUUCGAGCGUAUAGGACAGAGGGUGGGAGGUUGUUACGCGUCGCGUUGUUCAUUUAUUCAAGAAGGCCGUAAGAGUUGUCCAAAAGCGGCCUUGUUCCAUCUUGCAUUAACUGUGAAAGCAGCAGUGAAGGGUCGUCGUUUCAGAAGGUACGUAAUGAAUGCUGCAGUAAUGAACCGUGUUUACCCCAUGCACCCGUCCGUGCAUCCGCGUGCAACGCGGUAGUUUUCGGUUGGCCCACCCAUUCGUUCUUUGAACGCGAAGUAAAACGUCAUUUAGAGGACAAAUUUUUUUUCGUAACAAGUCAGAUCGCUUCUCCGGUGAAAGAGUUAAAUGAAAAUUCGAGAACGGGUACGAACACACUGUCGAUCACCAGAUUCUCUUUACGAUCGGAAGAAUAUUCUCGCGAAGUAGGACGGAACGUGUUUAUCCAUUUAACCACGGAUUUAAUCAUUCUCGUUCGCGGCGGGGACACUCUUAACCCGGUCGCUGUUUAAUUUCGGCUCGUGAAGACGAAACGGUGCUAAAUGAUUAAAACUCGCAGUCAAUAACCAGAAUUUCGUACGGAUCCAUUUUAUUGGCCCGGUGUUCGAGUAACGACGAGGGAAGUCACUUUCACUCGUCGAGUUCCGGCACGCGUGGCGCGAAACGCAUAUCGCUGCGAAUUAUUCAUCGAAACGGCUGAAAUUAAUUAUCGUCGCAACAACGGCAACUGAAGCUUUAACGAUGCCAGUAAUUACGCGUUCCCUCCCACCGACGAGAAAACACGUUUCCAGCCGUUUAAUAUUUCCCAGAUUUGCAUUACACGUAGAUAUUAUACGCGCAUAGAUUACACGCUUUAUGGAUACCACGUCGUUUAUGUUUAUGCUACCUACGUAUGUACAUUCGUUUCGACGCUCCAGAUGCACGUACAUAAGUCUUGAGACACGUCCAAGUGUUUAUCAUUUGUAAAAAGAAAUCUGAUAGUAAAUCUCAUCAUUUUAAUUGUAUAAUAAAUCGCGAAAUGGUUAUAAUAUAAUUGUGUUUCGAGCAGAAGAAUAGAAACGAUUCUCACGAUGAAUUUCAAUUGAUUUAUUGAUACCCUUUUCACGUGGGUCUCGAUGACACGAUUUACGAUACGUCUUAAGGAUGUAUAGGCUACACAUACUUAAACAAUGCUGGAAAUGCGGUUUUCUAAGGUACAUGAACUUUUGGGAUUGACUGUAUUGCCAAUACAUUCUUAAGACUCAUACAAAAGAAUGUACGUACAAAAUCGCAUUCUACCCUCGUUCAUCUCUGGGAAACGAAAGGGAUAAGAAAAGCGGGUCGUAAAGUCGGGCAAAAAUCCGACACAUGCAUGAGUAUGAUAGCGAAGCUGACGCAGUCGUAGCGUGGCUUCGUAUUUAUAGCUAGGCAUUGUUUCACCGUAUGUGCAAUACACACUACACAGGGCUAUUGGCCUACGAGUAUUUUUAUCUUCGAUAGAUAAUCCUGGAUGAUGAGUGGGCGAUAAUAACGCGGUAAAGACCGUUCUUUUUUCUCUAGACACGGCGUAUAAUCGUCUCGGAAAAUGAACGCGCUAAAAAUGAAAUCUGGUAAUCGAUGAUCGCUAGUCUGUAUUCCGAAGAGACGAGAAAAGUGUAUAAAUAAGAUUGACAUCGAAGCGAGAAGAGAAGUUCAGAAAGAAUCAUCGAUUAAGUAAAUGAUUUCUAUUCGAUUCACAAUCAAGAUCUAUCAAGGGGGAUGAAAGUGACUCGCUUGCUAUUUCUUAGAAUCAUUAUUCUUUUUCAGCACAUUUUGUUUUCUAAAAUUUUGUAUGACUCUUUCUAAAAUAUACGAAUAACUAAUUCCGUAAAAUAGUUUUCUUUCUUUUCUAUCUUCUUGAUGUACAACUUUAUGCAGUAUACCUCCGUACACCGAGGUGAGUUAUUUUGACCC